AUGGCGAGUGUGGAGACAGCAGCGGAACACGAACGGAUCCUACGGGAGAUUGAGAGUACAGACACAAACUGUAUCGGGCCGACACUUCGGUCCGUUUACGAUGGACAGGAGCAUGGACUCUUCAUGGACAAGUUGGAGGCGCGGAUCCGGAACCACGACCGCGAGAUUGAGAAAAUGUGCAACCAUCACUUCCAGGGUUUCGUGGACUCCAUCACGGAACUCCUCAAAGUGCGCGGGGAGGCCCAGAAACUCAAGGUUCAAGUAACAGAGACCAACCAAAAGCUACAGAAUGAUGGGAAACAGCUGCUGGAUGCGAUGGAUGAACUGAGACAAUGUCGUCUACAGCAGAGAAACAUAGCCACCACCAUUGACAAACUCACACACUGCCUACCAGUCCUCGAGAUGUACAGCAGACUACAGGAACAGAUGAGGGCCAAAAGGUAUUACCCCGCGCUGUGCACCCUGGAACAACUGGAACAGACCUGUCUUCCAAAGGCGGGGCAGUACCGUUUCUGCUCCAUCAUGGCGGACAACAUCCCCCGCCUGCGGACGCAUAUCCGAGACGUGUCCAUGUCCGACCUGAAGGACUUCCUGGAGAGCAUCCGCAAGCACUCGGAUAAGAUUGGAGAGACGGCCAUGAAACAGGCACAGGUGCAGAGGUCUCUGGACAAUGCCCUGACACACCAACAGAGAGCAGGAAGCGGGCGCCGGUCACGAAAGGAAGCCGGGCAGGGCACGGAGCUGGACGGACAGGGCGGCAGCCCCCUCUCCGAACAGGACUCUGGGAUACUGGACGUGGAGGACGAGGAAGAGGAAGACGACGAGGUGCCAGGUGCUCAUGACUUGGUGGACUUCUCUCCAGUGUAUCGCUGCUUACACAUCUACACAGUAUUGGGUGCCAGAGAUACGUUUGAGAACUACUACAGGAAGCAGAGGAGGAAACAGGCCAGACUGGUGCUGCAGCCGCAUUCUAACAUGCACGAAACCCUGGAAGGUUACAGCCGGUACUUCAAUCAAAUAGUAGGGUUCUUUGUGGUGGAAGAUCACGUCCUCCACACGACUCAAGGUCUUGUGAAUAGAGCGUAUGUGGAGGAACUGUGGGAACUGGCCCUGUCUAAGACCAUCGCAGCUCUACGCACCCAUUCAUCAUACUGCACCGACCCCGAUCUCAUUCUGGAUCUGAAGAAUCUCACAGUUCUCUUCACUGACACGCUGCAGGGCUAUGGUUUUCCAGUGAACCAGCUGUUUGACAUGUUACUGGAAAUGAGAGACCAGUAUGGAGAAAUGCUGCUAAAGAAAUGGAACCAGUCAUUCAGGCAAAUUCUGGAUCAAGACAACUAUAGUCCCAUUCCAGUGGCCACAGAGGAGGAGCACAAGAGGAUAGCAGGGCACUUCCCCUUUAACGACCCUGAGUGGGAGAAGAUGCCGUUCCCGAAGAAGCUGCCAUUCUCCGAAUUUGUGCCUAAAUUUUACUCACAGCUCAAAGAGUUCAUUUACGCCUGCCUCAAGUACUCAGAGGAUCUACACCUUAGCUCUACAGAAAUUGACGACAUGAUCCGCAAAUCCACAAACCUGCUACUUACACGGACACUAAGUAACUGCCUGCAGUACGCCAUCAAAAAGAAGAACGUAGGACUGGCAGAGUUGGUUCAGAUCAUCAUCAACACAACUCAUCUGGAACAAUCUUGUCACUACCUGGAGGAGUUCAUCUCAAACAUAACCAGUGUUCCUCCUGAUACGGUUGGUGCCACCAAACUCUACGGCACCUCCACCUUCAAGGAUGCCAGACAUGCUGCUGAAGAGGAGAUCUAUACUAACCUGAACCAGAAGAUUGACCAGUUCCUACAGCUCGCUGAUUAUGAUUGGAUGGCACCCCAAGGGGGCGGGCAGGCCAGCGACUACCUGAGUGACCUCAUCGCCUUUUUGUGCAGUACUUUUGCGGUGUUCACACACCUGCCUGGCAAGGUGGCACAGACGGCGUGUAUGUCCGCCUGCAAACAUCUCUCCACAUCUCUGCUGCAGCUGCUGCUUGAGGCGGAUGUCAGGCAGGUGUCCAUGGGAGCCCUGCAGCAGUUCAACGUGGAUGUCAAAGAGUGUGAGAGGUUUGCCAGGGCCGGCCCGGUGCCUGGCUUCCAAGGGGACACUCUGCUGCUCGCCUUCAUCGACUUGAGACAACUCCUUGAUCUCUUCACUCAGUGGGACUGGUCCACGUACCUGGCCGACUACGGCAGACCCACCAGCAAGUACCUGAGAGUCAACCCUCACACCGCACUCGCCCUUUUGGAAAAGAUGAAGGACACUAGUCGGAAAAACAACAUGUUCGCUCAGUUCCGCAAGAACGAGCGGGACAAACAGAAACUGAUCGACACCGUCGUCAAACAGCUGAGGAACCUCAUCUCGUCUCACCAGUCCUGAACAGCACGUCCCAUUGGCUACCGCGCGUCACCUGACUCAUAAGCCCCAUCUAGCGUCUUCCCUGAUUGGUCCCCUGUGCUGUCAGAAAUUUAGAGGUUGCGCUGACAUGCGCCCGCCCCCUGCAGCAACUACGAGGGGCAUUUCAUCACGUCUCUCCCUGAGAACCAUCACAUCUAACAUACCCUGGAGUGCCAUUUGCCUUGAGCUGUG